GCGGCUCGGACGUUAAGGCAGAUCCAAAGCAACAACGAUGCCGGCUGUACGUGGAGAUGGGAUGCGAGGCCUUGCGGUCUUCAUCUCAGACAUUAGAAACUGCAAAAGCAAAGAAGCAGAAGUUAAGCGCAUCAACAAGGAACUGGCAAACAUCCGUUCCAAAUUCAAGGGAGACAAGACGCUGGAUGGCUAUCAGAAGAAGAAGUAUGUAUGCAAGCUGCUGUUCAUAUUCCUACUGGGCCAUGACAUUGAUUUUGGCCACAUGGAAGCUGUGAAUCUCCUCUCUUCCAACAAGUACACAGAGAAACAGAUAGGUUAUUUAUUCAUCUCUGUUCUGGUGAACACAAACAGUGAUCUUAUCAAGCUUAUUGUGCAGAGCAUCAAGAAUGAUUUGGGCUCCCGAAACCCUGUGCAUGUUAACCUUGCAUUGCAGUGCAUUGCAAACAUUGGUUCGAAGGAGAUGGCAGAUGCAUUUGGCACAGACAUUCCAAAGUUGCUUGUGUCAGGAGAAACCAUGGAUGUUGUCAAGCAGUCAGCUGCUCUCUGUCUCUUGCGGCUCUUCCGAACCACGCAGGAGAUCAUACCUGGUGGAGAGUGGACAUCACGCAUCAUCCACCUGCUGAACGACCAGCACAUGGGGGUUGUCACAGCGGCCUGCUCUCUCAUUGAGGCCCUGGUUAAAAAGAAUCCUGAUGAGUAUAAGGGUUGCGUUUCCCUGGCAGUAUCAAGACUUUCCAGGAUUGUGACAGCAAGCUACACAGAUCUGCAAGACUACACCUACUACUUUGUGCCAGCCCCAUGGCUCUCUGUGAAGCUCCUGCGUCUGCUCCAGCACUACCCGCCCCCAGAGGACCCUGGUGUGAGGGGCCGUCUCAAUGAAUGCCUUGAUACCAUUCUCAAUAAAGCCCAGGAGCCACCAAAAUCUAAAAAGGUGCAACAUUCAAAUGCCAAAAAUGCUGUUCUCUUUGAGGCCAUCAGCAUAAUCAUUCACUCAGACAGUGAGCCAAACCUGCUAGUGAGGGGCUGCAACCAACUGGGACAAUUCCUCUCUCACCGUGAGACCAACCUUCGGUAUCUGGCCUUGGAAACCAUGUGUCUCUUGGCCACCUCUGAGUUCUCCCAUGAGGCUGUCAAGAAGCACCAAGAAACUGUCAUUAAUGCACUAAAGACUGAGCGUGAUGUGAGCGUGCGACAGAGAGCUGUUGACCUCCUUUAUGCCAUGUGUGAUCGCAGCAAUGCUGAAGAAAUCGUACAGGAGAUGUUGAAUUAUUUGGAGACAGCUGACUACUCUAUCCGAGAGGAAAUGGUACUGAAAGUGGCCAUCCUGGCAGAGAAAUAUGCUCAGGACUACACGUGGUAUGUGGAUGUGAUCUUAAACCUCAUCCGAAUUGCCGGAGAUUAUGUUUCUGAAGAGGUUUGGUACCGUGUUAUACAGAUUGUAGUCAACAGAGAGGACGUUCAGGGUUAUGCUGCAAAAACUGUCUUUGAGGCAUUACAAGCCCCAGCUUGUCACGAGAAUAUGGUGAAGGUUGGUGGUUACAUCUUGGGUGAGUUUGGCAACUUGAUUGCAGGAGACUCCAGAUCAGCACCAGCAGUACAGUUCCAGCUUUUGCAUUCAAAGUACCAUCUCUGCUCCCCUGGGACACGUGCACUCCUCCUCACCACCUACAUCAAGUUCAUUAACCUGUUCCCAGAGAUCAAGACACAGAUACAAGAUGUCCUGAAGUCGAACUCCAACCUCCGCUCCUCUGAUGCAGAGUUGCAGCAGAGGGCUUCGGAGUACCUGCACUUGUCAGUCAUUACCACCACUGAUGUUCUGGCAACAGUAUUAGAAGAAAUGCCACCUUUCACGGAGAAGGAAUCCUCCAUCUUGGCAGUGCUAAAGAAAAAGAGUGGGAGAAUGUCUGCGCAGGAAGCUCAAAGGGAGGCAAGAGUUCAGGCUCGGGAAGGCAAUGCAGCGCCUGCGGUUGAGAAGACUCAGACAGCACAGAUGAACAAUUCAACAUCAGCAGAUUUACUAGGCUUGUCAACGCCACCUGCUAACCAAAAUAAUACUCAGAGUAACACUGGGGUAUUGGUUGAUGUGUUAGGAGACCUGUACGGAGGUGGCGGCAGUGGUGGCGGAAGCAAUACAAACACUCACAAUGGGACAGCAGCGCCAGCACCAGCCUCUACAUCAGGAGCAACUGACAAUAUUAAGAAGUUUGUUUGUAAAAACAAUGGAGUUUUGUACGAGAACGAUAUAAUUCAAAUUGGUAUAAAGUCGGAGUUUAGACAAAACCUUGGAAGGAUUGGCAUAUUCUAUGGCAACAAGACAUCAAUGCCAUUGCAGGCCUUUUGUCCAAGUGUGUCAGUGGGUUUGGCACAGCAAGGCAAGGUGACAGUGCAGGUCAAGCCAGUAGAACCAACCAUUGAUGCAGGAGCUCAGGUCCAACAACUUGUUAAUUGUGAAUGUGUGGAAGACUUCACUGGUCUACCCGAUUUAAUUGUUAGCUUUACAUAUGCAAACGUCCCACAGCGUCUGGCUCUGCAUCUUCCACUUUCAAUCAACAAGUUCUUUGAGCCAACAGACAUGAAUGGGGAAUCUUUCUUUGCACGUUGGAAGAACCUGAGCGCACCUUCACAAGAGGCUCAAAAAAUUUUCAAGUGUUCCGGAGCCAUGGAAACUGCAGCCAUUAAGACUAAACUAUUGGGCUUCGGCAUGCAACUCCUGGAAGACAUUGACCCGAAUCCAGAGAACUUUGUGUGUGCUGCCAUCAUCCACACACGAACCCAACAGAUUGGCUGCCUUCUUCGUCUUGAACCAAACCGCCAAGCUCAGAUGUACCGGUUAACCAUCCGUGCCAGCAAGGAGUCAACUUCAGGAAUUCUAGCAGAAUUAUUAGCUGAGCAGUUCUAACAUUUGACUCUGACAGCGUCAGAGCCAAGCUAACAUCUUUCAUGAGGCAACAUCGAAACACUAUCAGAUGAUCAUGUCAUAAUAUUGAUAAAUUGCAUUAUGGGAAAAUUUUCCUUAGUUGGUAUGUCAUUUAGUGCUGUUGAAAAGGUAGUGUAUCGGUAAAGCUGCCAUGAGAUGAGAGGGAUAGAGAAGAGAUUUCCAGUAUAGUUUUUCUUCAUGGAGGUUUUGUUUUUGAGAUAUGGUAACUUACCAUUAAUUAUGGAAGCCACCAGCUUUUGGCCAGGACAUAUCAUGCACGUGUACUGUCCAUGUUAGAGCUUUUGGUAUUUUGACAGUUAAGCAUAAUGCAAGUCACUGCUUAAACUAUUAAAGAAAUUGGGAAAAAAAAUUAUGGUUUCAUAGAAAACAAAACAUGUAAGUUAUGAAUGUGGGAGGAAAAGAGUGAAGGAAUGUCGCAAAAAGUCCUAUGAUAAGUGUAUCAAAAUAGUAUGCAGAUUUACUAGGGAAUGGCUAAGGGAAUGGCUAAAGAAAUAUUUCCAGUCUUUUCACAUUUGGUAAUAAUGGGGCAACGAAAUGUGGAUUAUGAAGUUUGUUCCAUUGAUAUACUUCAUUCGCCUACCUUCACAUUAUUCUGAAAGUUAUUGGCAGGAUAGCUACUCAUGCACUUCUCCAAUAGAAUAGCUUGCCUGUUGUAGGCCAGAUUCCUCAUUGUUUUUUUAAAAAUGGGAAUCCGUCAGAGAUCUUGGCAGAAUUUUAUGUGCCUAUCAUUGGUCCGAUACGGCAUCCUGUUGCUCGAUGUCCAGGAACCUGUGUACCAGUGGCUCCAUUUCAUUCCUCAUAUGUGAAUACAUUUACUUGUAAGAUAGACAGAAAUACUUGAAAGGAUAUUCAGAAAUCAUAAUUGUAUAGAGCACUUGCUAAAGUAAGUUAUUAUUAUAGACUUUUACAAAAUGUAAUUAUGCCCUGACUUGGUUCUAGUUGAGUUAUCAGGCAGCAAAGACAUGUUUUGCAUUAUAUGCAGACACUGGUCAGAUGUAUAGAUAUUAUUUUUUAGGUUAGAGUUCUUCCCAGACCUGACAGAUCCUCUUGAACUAUCGUCUUCACAUAUUACUUGUCAGUUUUGUAUUUUCACAGCAGCAGUAGGGCUUUUUUCUUUGAGGUGAGAAAGAUUACAUUUGUCUGGAGUUUUCCUAAAACACAGCUUGAAUUUAUAAAUCUCUUAAUGAUAGAACAAGAGGAUGCUUUGUGCAUCUUAGUAAUGCAGGAUAAGUUACUGGUAAAGGACUUCUUUAGGGUUUAUGGGAGUUGAAUAUUUUUCCAAUAUAGCCAUAGUUGGCCACAUGAUCCCACCCUGGCAUUAUGUGUAUGACAUGAUCAGAGGCAAAAAUUUUGUGGGUUCAUAAUGCACCAUAAAUUGUGCAUUCAUUUUCAAUGAUGCCUUGCAGAUAAUCCAGCAGCCUUGGGCUUAAAUACAGUCCCACCACCAACCCAGACCUAUAUCUGUCAGAUAAUCAUCUGUGCUCUUAAGAUGCUCUGCCUGUACUUUGAGACAUGAGAGCUUCAAAUGGUGUCAUUUGAAACUGAUUCUUUGUUGGCAUUUUUCUUUUUAUCUUUUUUUGGAUUCCCAGUGAGUUAUUAAAUUUGUUUGGGUUGAACUGUUAAAGAUAUGCAAGUAUUCCAGUUCGUUGUCUUCAGAUUAGAAAAUAAAUUGUAGCCGUCUUUGAAAGACUGGUUUUUGCUCUGCUCUUUGCUAACUUCUUAAUGGCAAAAUGAAUACUUGGUAUAAAUGUAUUAGUUUAUUAGCAUGGCAGGAGUCAUUGAGAAAGGAAUGCAAAAUUUGUUAAGGAGAUGCAUGGGAUAGACUCGGAAACUCUUCUUACCUUGCUCCAUAUUUACACUGUACAGGUCGAACAGCUGGUUGUAACCUCACUGUCAUGUUGUGGUCUCUUACCAUACUCGGAUCUUUUAACAGAUGUCACCAUAUCCUUGCAAGUGUUAUUAGCAUUUCUGUAUGUGUCAUCAUGCAUGACCACUAUCACGGGGCUUAGAGUGUGUCACUUUCACCUUGCAUCUGGGGAGGUGUAAAAUUCUGAAAAGCCUGCAGAUUGCAUAUAAUUGCUUUUCAAUUUACUGAAUUGAAGAUAAGCUCAUAGAUUAUGGUAAUACAAAGCUGUAUCUGUGCAUGUGUAUGUAUGUGUUUCUGCAUGACUGUAAGUGUGUGUCUGAUUUGCAGCUUUGUAAUUCUUGCUGUAAGUACUAUAAAAUUGUAAAUUGUAAAUAUUAUAAUAUCAACUGGUUAAAGAUAUGUGUUUAGAGAGGUAAUAGUAAAAUAAGAGAAAUUUAAAUUAAAUAUAAUCAGAUGUCCUGUGAGGUUUUGUAGUAUGUUAAUGGAAUCACAAAAGACCAGAGCCAGUGAUAUUUCGGAAUGGGGAUGUAAGGUGGUGUUUGCACUAAGCCUUUGUUUUUCCAAGCAAGGCCUAGAGUUUAUACCAUUGUUUUUCAAGGAGGGCAAAGAGGUAACAGCCUGUUUUAGUCUGAAAAUCUGUCAUUUCCUUCAUAGAUUACAGCACCAGCCUAGUCAGCUGAACUUGCACCCCCCUUUUGGCUACAUGUCCCCUCUUCCCAUGCCUAAGCGUAUAGCUUGGGAGUUUUAUAUAAAGACUUACUUGAAACAUUCCAUUUGGACAUGCAGCAAGUUUAUUAUUUUGCUUGAUGUAGAACUUUGCUUUUUGGGAUUUUUGCUAGAGCUUGUAAAUGAGGCAUCUAUAUUUGCAAAUUCUAAAAUGGUUUAAAAAACAGUGCUGUUAACUCUCAAAGGGUGAAUUUCAGAGCAGUAAGGUAUUCUACAGUUAUGCCUUACAUGCGGCUCAGACAGAAAGUCGCUGACGUAAUCUCAAAUAAGGAGGUUGAUGAAUUGUUACUCAUGUUGUUGAAGUCUGUUGUGUCGGUAUACGUAGAGUAGGUGUGAGACAAGUGUCAACCAUUACUCAAUUGGAAUUUCAAGUCCACCCCCCUUGAAGUACAUUGUAAAAAGUGUCGAAGGGGUUGUUUUCAUGUACGCAGCAGCCAACACAUGCAACUGCCUGCACAAACUCUAAGUGACAUCCAGAACAGAACAAAUUGGAAAUUAAUAAUUAAAAUAUGGCAUCCUUC